UCUUCUUUCUCGCAUGUGCAGAGCUAUCAAACAUCUGUUUUGAUUGAAAGCUAAGUUUCCAAUUCCAAAACGGAAGAAAUUGAAAGUGUGUAUGUCAAGACAAACCACCAAACUACAAAAGAAACAAAACCCACAUCGCAUUGUUCCUUAAAGACCCAGCAAUAAGAUUAUCUCACGCUUCCUUCUUUCUUCCUGACAUUUUUCUCGUUUUUGUUUUCUCCUUAUUUGGGGUUUUUCCUGCAAUGUGGGUCGCAUUUGGUCAUAAGUGAUUAUUUCUAGGGAUUGUGUGACCUCUCUGCUUUUUUGAGUUAAGCAUUUAAAGAAACCUCUCAAUGGCGUUGUUUAGAAAGUUCUUUCACAGAAAACCUCCUGAAGGGUUGCUUGAGAUCUCAGAGAGAGUUUACGUCUUUGAUUGCUGCUUAACCACGGAUAUGUUGGAAGAUGAAGAUUACAGAGUUUAUGUGAGCCGCAUAAUGAGUCAGUUAAGGGAACAGUUUCCCGGUGCAUCAUUCAUGGUGUUUAAUUUCCGGGAUGGAGAUAGCAGAAGCCGGAUGGAGAGUGUACUAACUGAGUAUGACAUGACCAUCAUGGACUAUCCUCGCCAUUAUGAAGGUUGCCCUUUGCUUACAAUGGAAACGGUGCAUCACUUCCUAAAAUCAGCUGAAAGUUGGUUAUUGUUAAGUCAACAGAAUAUCUUAUUGUCGCACUGUGAGCUUGGCGGAUGGCCGACUUUAGCUUUUAUGCUUGCUUCGCUCUUGUUAUACCGCAAACAGUUUAGUGGAGAACACAGAACACUAGAAAUGAUAUAUAAGCAGGCUCCUCGUGAGUUGUUACAGCUAAUGUCUCCACUAAAUCCGCUGCCUUCACAGUUGAGGUUUCUUCAGUAUAUCUCGAGGAGGAAUGUUGGCUCACAAUGGCCACCGCUAGACCAGGCCCUUACAUUAGACUGUGUUAAUCUUAGACUGAUUCCUGAUUUUGAUGGUGAGGGUGGUUGCCGACCCAUAUUCAGAAUAUAUGGUCAAGAUCCUUUUAUGGCUUCUGAUCGGACUUCAAAAGUUCUUUUCUCGAUGCCUAAAAGAAGCAAAGCUGUUAGGCAAUAUAAGCAGGCAGAUUGUGAACUGGUAAAGAUUGACAUCAAUUGCCAUAUUCUCGGUGAUGUCGUGCUAGAGUGCAUUACCCUAGGUAGUGAUCUUGAGAGGGAAGAGAUGAUGUUUCGGGUCGUGUUCAAUACUGCAUUUCUUAGAUCAAACAUUCUAACACUUAACCGUGGUGAGAUUGAUGUACUGUGGAAUACAACGGAUCGGUUUCCCAAGGAUUUCAGUGCAGAGGUUAUAUUUUCGGAGAUGGGUGCUGGUAAAAAGCUUGCCUCUGUUGAUCUGCCACAUAUGGAGGAAAAAGAUGUUUUACCUAUGGAAGCAUUUGCUAAGGUUCAAGAGAUAUUUAGUGAAGCUGAAUGGUUGGAUCCAAAUUCUGAUGUUGCUGUGACUGUUUUCAACCAAAUAACAGCAGCAAAUAUCCUUCAAGAAAGCUUGGAUUCAGGUUCUCCUCGAAGCCCUGACUCACGUAGCCUAUUGGAAUCGGCACUUGAGAAAGUUAAGGAGAAAACCAAGUUGAUGAUAUCGGAAAAUAUUGUUUCAAGUCCUGAUACAUCCUCUCCUGAAAAAGAGAAAGAUACAAUGUCCUCUCAUAAAUCUUAUGCAGAUCCGAAUUCAAUCCUUAAGAAGGUUGACGAAUCGCGUGGACUUCGAGUUUCAGUCCAAAGAAAUGUUCACUCAAAGAUAUUUUCACCUCGAAUGGUCCAAAGUCCAGUAACAUCACCACUUCCAAACCGUAGCCCCACACAAGGAUCACCUGCUUCAAUAUCCAGAUUUCACAGCUCACCCUCUAGCCUUGGGAUCACUUCAAUAUUACAUGAUCAUGGUUCAUGUAAAGAUGAAGAGUCUACUUCAUCAUCACCAGCUUCACCGUCAAUUUCGUUUCUACCAACAUUGCAUCCGCUGACAUCAUCGCAACCCAAAAAAGCUUCUCCACAAUGUCCACAGUCUCCCACACCUGUUCAUUCAAAUGGCCCUCCUUCAGCAGAAGCAGCAGUGACGUCAUCACCAUUGCCACCACUGAAGCCACUGAGGAUUUUGUCUCGUCCGCCUCCACCCCCACCCCCACCUCCCAUAUCCUCUCUGCGCUCCACUCCUUCACCAAGUUCCACCAGCAAUUCCAUAGCAACACAAGGGCCUCCUCCACCUCCACCUCCGCCUCCUCUACAAUCUCACCGUUCUGCACUUUCAUCUUCUCCUCUGCCACCACCUUUACCUCCAAAGAAAUUGUUAGCUACAACUAAUCCUCCACCUCCACCACCACCACCUUUGCAUUCUAAUUCUCGAAUGGGAGCCCCCACAAGUUCUUUGGUGUUGAAAUCUCCUCCUGUUCCUCCUCCACCUGCCCCUGCACCAUUGUCUCGUUCUCAUAAUGGAAAUAUUCCUCCAGUCCCUGGACCACCAUUGGGUUUAAAGGGGCGUGGGAUUUUACAGAAUCUUAAAGGUCAGGGUCAAACGAGAAAGGCCAACUUGAAACCGUAUCAUUGGUUAAAGCUUACUAGGGCAGUGCAAGGAAGUUUAUGGGCUGAAGCGCAGAAAUCUGAUGAAGCUGCAACUGCUCCAGAUUUUGACAUCUCUGAGCUUGAGAAACUCUUCUCAGCAGUGAAUCUUAGCUCUGACAGUGAAAACAAUGGUGGGAAAUCAGGUCGACGUGCCCGACCUAAAGUUGAGAAAGUGCAGCUGAUUGAGCUCAGACGAGCAUACAACUGUGAGAUCAUGCUCUCUAAAGUUAAAAUACCUUUGCCUGAUUUGAUGAGUUCUGUUCUUGCUUUGGAUGAGUCAGUGAUAGAUGUUGAUCAAGUUGACAAUCUAAUAAAGUUUUGUCCAACAAAAGAAGAAGCAGAAUUGCUCAAGGGCUUCACUGGAAAUAAAGAAACUUUGGGGCGGUGUGAGCAGUUCUUUUUAGAACUGCUGAAAGUUCCUCGAGUGGAGACUAAGCUAAGGGUUUUCUCAUUCAAGAUUCAGUUUCACUCCCAAGUUACUGAUCUUAGAAGAGGUUUGAAUACCAUACAUAGUGCAGCCAAUGAGGUUAGAGGCUCGGCUAAACUAAAAAGAAUCAUGCAAACUAUACUUUCCUUGGGCAAUGCAUUGAACCACGGGACUGCAAGGGAGACAUUGGUUCUAUUCAAGAAUUUGAAUUCGCUUCUGCAUUUUUUUUUAUAUAUUUCUUCUCUUUUGACAGGCUCAGCUAUCGGAUUUCGCCUGGAUAGUCUUCUGAAACUCACUGACACUAGAUCCCGUAACAGUAAGAUGACUCUGAUGCACUAUCUCUGUAAGGUGCUUGCCGAGAAACUUCCAGAGCUACUUAAUUUUCCAAAAGACUUGGUGAGCUUGGAGGCUGCGACAAAGAUUCAACUAAAAUACCUGGCAGAGGAGAUGCAAGCAAUUAGCAAAGGGUUGGAGAAAGUUGUACAAGAGUUUACUGCAUCUGAAACUGAUGGUCAAAUAUCAAAACACUUUCGAAUGAACUUGAAAGAGUUUCUUAGCGUUGCUGAAGGAGAAGUAAGGUCCUUGGCUUCUCUCUAUUCGACUGUGGGUGGAAGCGCCGAUGCUUUGGCGUUAUACUUCGGAGAAGAUCCAGCUCGUGUCCCAUUUGAGCAAGUUGUAUCCACUCUGCAAAACUUUGUUAGAAUAUUUGUGCGAUCACACGAGGAAAACUGCAAGCAAGUUGAGUUUGAGAAGAAGAGAGCACAGAAGGAAGCAGAGAAUGAAAAACUUAAGAAAGGUGUGUACAAUGAGAAUUGAAACACAACUACUCACACAAAAGGAUGUUGUUCUCUACUCUCGCUCGACUUCCUUGAGUAGCCUUUGGCAAUCCCAGGAGCUGGAAACUAUAUAUCGUGGCUCCUAGUUUGAGGAUUUUACCCAAAGUUAGAGAAUUUCCCCAGAUUUAGUUCAUCAUCUGACAAGACACUGCUUUGGAUUUAGUCUUUUAGAUUAGAAGAAAAAGGAGGAAACUUUGUUCCUCUAGUAGGUGUAACAAGAAAAAAGUAGGUAACGAAAGGAGAGAUGCAGAAGAAGAUUUAGCUUUGUGUUUUGAUGGAGAUAGUAUUAGAUAGACAGUAAUGCAAGAGUUUGAGUCCCUCCCUGGUUUAAUACAGAAACAGAAAUGUAUCUUCUUGUGUAUAAAGUCUUGGGAUGGAUAAAGAGAGAGAUGUGUAAAUAUUGAG